AUUUGGCAAAGUAGAUAUUAACAUAAAUAAAGUUGUUUUCUAAACAAAAUAGUAGAAAUGAUUAAUAAAGAAGACGUUUCUUAGUGUGAAAAUAACAAAAGUAUAAAUACAAGUUUGAUGUAAACUGCCCAAUUUUUUUUCAAGGCUAACGAAGCAGAGUAGAAAAAGAUAGUCAUUAACAAAUAAGAUUAUUGUGAUAUUGAGUUCAAUGAGUUCAUUGAGUUGUCUCCUCCAUUACAAGAAAAUGCUUUUUUAAACAAAGAAUCAGAAAAAGAAUCUAAAAAUGUUUAAAAAUGUGUUAAAAAUAAAAAAAAUUUUACUGCAAAAAACCAAAAAGACAUAACUAAAAUAAAUAAUUCAUAAAUAAAUGCUGAGUUAUCUAUCAAUUUAGUUUAAAAUAAAAAGAAUCUAAGUGAAAGUGAUAAACCAGACUCCUCUAGUUAAGUAAAAGCAAAUCAAGUCUCAUGUUAGCUUUAGACUGGUUAAAAUAAAUUUUAAAAUAUGUAAACUAACAUAAAAAAAUAAAACAAUUAAGAGGAAAAAACAAAGGUUUUCAAAGAUAACCAAUUAAGCUUGAUGGCUAAUGAUAAAAAGAGAGGAAUGUCUUUGGUGUGCUAAAGUAGCGCUAACGAAAUGACAGAUUAAAUUUUCUGGAAUAAAAUAAAUUAAAUCGUGUGUUUAAAAAGCACUCAAUAACCAACAUAGUUUAGAAAUAACAACUCAGUUAGUAAUAUAUAUUCUCUUAGAUAAUCAAUUUCUACUAAUUAACCAAUUUAAAUUCACUCUGCUUCAUCUAUUAAACCUAUCAAAACUUCUACAGAUGUAAAUAAUAAUAAUAAUAAUAAUUUAGUUGAAUUUUAUGAAUCUAAUCUCAAAAAUUAAAAUUAUUUCCAUCAAAAUGCUAAUUCAGUUAAAUCUAGUCAUCGCUUCGAUAAUUAGCACCUCAAAUCUUAAUGUCAAAUGUAGGCUUAUUCCAUAGAAACCUCUAAAAAUCUAAAAUCACAUGGACAGCUACCACUUUUGAAUGCCAAACCUAAGUAAUAAAAAUUUGAUUAUCAAGAUUCAUUAAGAAGUGGGUUUUUAGGCAGUAGUAGCAGCACAGCAGAUUCUAACAGAAAAUAAAUUUAAAUAGAUGCAAUUGAUAAUCAUUUUUGGAGCUCAUAGCCUAAUUUAGGACAACAUGUUUAAUCCAUCAAUAAAAAUACCUUAAAACUAAAUAAUUUUUAGCGAGGAUAAAAAGAAGAAAUUAGAGAGAGUAAGAAUAUUAACAUCGUUAACUAUCCAUUACAUAACGCAAGUCAUUUUUAGAACCCAUACGCCUCUAUGCCCAAUCAUUAUCAAGACACAACCUUACAAAAAAAUUAUUAUGAUAAAAAUUACGAUCUUCUCUUUAUACCACGCUCUCAAAGCUAAAACGGGAUACUAAAUACAGAGCAAAGAUUUGACGUACCAAUUAAUUUAAUGAAUGGCACUAGCAAUUACUCUUCAAUUUAAGAUGCUUAAUUGAGUUAUUUUAAUUAAUCACAACUACAAUAAGAUAUUCAUUAAAAGUAAAACCCUAAAAGUACAUUUUCAUCUCCAUCAACAGCCCCAUCCUCUGUCAAAGAGGCCCGCAAUAUGUUAAAGCUCUAAUUUAGCGAUUUUCUAGAAACAGAUAAUGAGAGAUUCAAAUAUUAAUAUAAUUUUAUGGGGCUAAAGUAGAAUGAUGAAGCUCCAAUUCAAUAAUCAGAAAUAUUGAAUAAUGAAUAUUGCAACAUUUAAAAGGAAGCCUAAUUGAAGAACUCUAAAAAUAAACUUAAGAUGAACUAUAAAGAAAAUAAUAAUACAAAGAGAAAUUUGAAUAAAGGUGAUGAAGAAAAAACUGAAUUUCCUUUAAAAGAUUCAUAGGAAUGUAGCAAUAAUUCAAAGAAGUAGCUGAAACCUCUGAAAAAUUUUAAAGUUUCAGAGAGCAAAAUUGAGAGAGAUAAUUGGUAAGUAAGCGAAGAAUUGGCAAAACUAGUUUCUUAAUAGAAAACACAAGGUCUCAAAGAUAAUUCACUGAACAUUGAUUUCAGAUAAAGCGCUUCUGCCAAAGUAAAAUAAAACCAGAACACUGACUUGUAAAAGAUUAGGAUAAAAUCUUGUUAACAAUAAGCUCAAUAAAAUUAAUAAGAAUUUAGUUUUUGUGUUGAUAAAAAUCAUAAAAUAAAAGUUGAUGAAAAUAAUUAUUUAGAAUCUGAUGAUAGAAGAAUACUCAGUUAAAUUGGAAAUUUGAAUGAAAAUAUUCUAGCUGCCCCAAAGAUUAUGUCAAAUACAGUAGAAAAAUAAACGAGUUCAAAAAAAUGGAACUAACUUGUUUCCCUCUCACAAACUACAAAAGAAAACAAUAAAUUUAACUUAAAGUGCAAAUAAUAAUAAAAUGUUGUAAAAAAAAUAUUUAAUUUUGACAAUUACUCUUCCCCAUAAUUAUCUUCUGCAGUUGUAACAAAUAAUUGUGAUCUAGAAAGAAAGCAAUCUAAAUUAAAUACAGAAUAUAUUCAAAAUAGUUAAUCUAACCUUAAUUUAAAUAUUUAAUAAAAUAUUAAAUAAAGUAACAACUGCCAAAAUUAAAUCAAUCUUAAAUAGUAUCAAAAAUUACAAGACAAUAAUGUAUUAAGAGAGAAUGACAAGGAAAAUAAAUUAUGA